CGCUCUCCGCACUCGCUUUCCCAGCAGGCUCAGCGGCGCGAGAGUCUUCCCCGCCUGGCUCCUGAGUCAACAUGGCGGCUCCGCUGCUGGGGCUCGGCGGGCUGCUGCGGCGCUGCUGGGGCCGCCUGCUGCGAGCCGUGGCGCCCGCGCCGCACUGGGGGCCAGCUCUAGCUGUCCAAGGGCCCGCGUGUCUCCCCUGAGCCAGUAGAAGGCCCCGGAGAAGGCAGCGAGGGCCUCUUGGGCAGCAUCCUGUGGAUGGCGGCGCCCAAGAAGCGGCGUACCAUCGAGGUGAACCGCUGCAGGCGGAGAAAUCCCACAAAUCUCAUCAAAAUAAAGAGAAACAUAGAUGUUUGCCCUGAGUGUGGAAACUUGAAAGAGAAGCAUGUCCUGUGUGGCCAUUGUUACGCACAGGUCAAAGCAGAAACUCGGCAGAUUCGGAAGGAAAUGGGUAAAAAGGAAGGAGGACCAUUUAAUGCUCCUACUGUAGAGACUGUAGUCUUAUAUGAGGGAGAAAAGCCCACAGAAAAAGAUGAAGGCAAGCGGAUCAUCGAAAGAGCCAGGAAGCGUCCGUCGUGGUUUACUCAAAAUUAACAGUGAGAAAGCUCAUGUUUUUCAAGAAUGUUUUCCUUGUUUUGUUUAAUCAAUGCUGAUAUGAAAAAACAUAUGAACUUUUGGGAAGUCUGCUCAAAUCACGUUUUAUGUCACACGGUGCUGUUCUAUAGCAUGCAGUGGGAAAUACUGUUCAGUGAUACACCAUAGCAGUCAACAAUGAAAGAGAACCUAUAUUGGAUUUGGAUAUCUGCAUUCAGUACAGUGAAUACUUUGUAUGUUAACAUAUGCUGGUUUUGUAAAAACCUUUUUUUUUUUUUUUUUUUUCCUAACAAAGGAAAAAAAUUCAUGGAUGUAAAAUAAAGUACAUAAAGUUUCCUA